AUGUGGGAGCAGAACUGCGUUUAUACCCUAAAACUGCAUCCCCAGAUAGGAGCCUAAGCCAAUAUUUACAUCGCUCUUUAAAUAUGAUUUCAGCUGGUAAAUAUUUAUCAUCAUCCAUUCAUUAAUUCAAAAUGCAAAAAAAUCAAAAAUCUUUUGACAUUAAUUUAAUCAUAAAUGAUGCUAGAAUAUGGGCCCUAGGACAUGGUAUAAUGAAAAGAGUAGGCAAAAAUGGUUUAAACGACUUUAACGUUGCUCAUUUACCUUUCACAUUACUUCCGACUCCUUUCCCAAUAGCUAGUUAUGAGAAGGCCUUGGCUCUGCAAUCUACCAUAAAUAAAUUGUACUACAAAAUAGCUACAAAUUCGAUAUUUCUUCAUUUCAUUUAUGACAAAAUUGCUGACAAAGAUCCUUUUAUAGAUAAAUUAUGGAAAAUAUUUUUGACUGUUACGGAAGAAGGCUUUGCUCAAGAUCUCCAAUUAGGAUUAAUUCGGACAGACUAUUUGCUACACGAUGACACCACCCCCUUUGAUGUUGAGGAUAAGGUUCGGGAUCGUACCCUGGGCGAUAUACUGAACGCUUACAAUCACGUGAUGGGGACACCUACAAAAAAGAAACCUAAGUUGAAGCAGGUCGAGGUCAAUUGUAUAGCGGCCAGCUUUGCGGGUAUAUCGUCGCGCAUAACGGAAAUGCAUAGGCACACUUUGCAAAGGCUCGGCUUUGAGGGAGAAUUCCUAACCAAUCAAAUGCCGGAAAAUAAAGCGUUUACAAUUUUGGCCGAAGGUUUAAUCCAAGCGUGGCAAUCAGUCAAUAAUCCCUGGGCCUUGAUAUUAUUCGUAGUCGAAGAUGUUAUUACCAUAAACGAAUUCGACCAACGAUUCCUGGAAUGGGAAAUAACCCGACUCGAGCCUAAAGUAUCCUUUUUGAGGCUUUCAUUCUCCGAGUUGAAGAAAUACGGAAAUCUAGACGAAAAGACCAGGGUCUUCACCGUCCGAGACCAGCCGUUGGGUGUUGUUUAUUACAGGACAGGAUACAAUCCUAAUGACUACAAGAAUGAAGAGGAUUGGCACACUAGGUAUCUGCUGGAAAAAUCUACCGCUAUCAAAUGCCCCAGCAUUCAAUUCCAGUUGGCGGGAACGAAAAAGGUUCAGGAGGUCAUUAACGACCCCCAAAUCUUGGGACAAUUUUUCGCGGGAACCGGGGAAAAGGUCGAAAUGGAAUCGUUGAUGGAAAGUUUCGUCAAGUUUUAUCCAAUCGAUAAGCCCGAUACUAGGAACGAUAACGUGACCUACGCUACGAACCAUUGCGACGACGUGGUUUUAAAACCGUUGAGGGAAGGCGGAGGUCAUAAUCUAUACGGGAACGAUGUCAAGGAUUACCUCCUUAAGUAUCAAAAGUAUUGGCAAGAUGGAACCGAAAAGAACCCAACCUUGGAAACACCCUUCGUGCUGAUGGAACGCAUAAAACCUCACAGCUGUUACAAUUUUCUGAUACAUCCGGAAAAGAAGAAUCUAGAGAUUAAUCCAACUUUGGUGGUUUGCGAGUUAGGAAUUUUCGGCACUGUCUUAUGUUCGGAGAAACGAGGCGUGAUACAUUCUAAAGUAGGCGGGCUCUUAUUGAGAUCGAAAUCAGCUGCGGAUAACGAAACCGGUAUAAUGGCCGGGUUCGGGGCUUUGGACUCGCCAUUUUUUUGUUGAAAUGCCGGAAAUAAGAAAGAAAACGUUUUCUACCAAAUAUGGGUAUCGAUUGCCACUGUCAAGCCGUAGUAAAAACCUCGAUAAAUAUAAUUUUAUUUUAUACUGAAUUAAGUCUGUG